CCUUACCCAUCGACCUGAAUAGCUGAUUAUGGGUGUGUGAGGUGAUGGGGUAUUGCUCAUAACCAACCACCACUCACCGCUAGCUCCUCCCUCCCUCUCCUUCCACCUCCUCCUCCUCUUUCCCUUCCGUGUGUGUUCCGGCCAAGAGGGAGAGCGAGAGAGGGGCGCGUGCUCCGGUUGCUAGCUUCAGUUCGAUCCGCGUAGCGCUGCCCCCUCCUCGAUCGAUCGCCCGCCUUUCAGAAUUCACUAUUAUCAUCCGAUCGAUCGACCGGUCGUGCAGAAGAAGCCGGAGAGUCAGGUAGGCUACUGUCCAAGCUAAGAAGAGACACUAGCAGUCACGCUGCCACACUCCGUGACUUGGACUGGCCAGUGUGACCGGCCGGUAGCUCGCUUGCUUCUCGGUCUCUACUAGCUACUAGCAGCAGCAGGUGGUGCUGGUGCCGUGCCAAUCCAAUCAACUCGUCAGCUAGCUGAGAUCGACGCGAUACAUGGCGGCUGCCCACCUGUUCGGACUCGGCGACGCGCAGAUGCAGCCGCCGCUGCCGCAGCAGGCGGCGCCGCCUCCUCCGGCAGCGCAGGCCCCGGCACCCAAGAAGAAGAGGAACCAGCCCGAUCCCGACGCGGAGGUGAUCGCGCUGUCCCCCAAGACGCUGCUGGCGACGAACCGGUUCGUGUGCGAGGUGUGCAACAAGGGGUUCCAGCGGGAGCAGAACCUGCAGCUGCACCGGCGCGGGCACAACCUGCCGUGGAAGCUGAAGCAGAAGAACCCCAAGGAGACGCGGCGGCGGGUGUACCUGUGCCCGGAGCCGACGUGCGUCCACCACAACCCGUCGCGGGCGCUGGGCGACCUCACCGGGAUCAAGAAGCACUACUGCCGGAAGCACGGCGAGAAGAAGUGGAAGUGCGACAAGUGCAACAAGCGUUACGCCGUGCAGUCCGACUGGAAGGCGCACUCCAAGACCUGCGGCACGCGCGAGUACCGCUGCGACUGCGGCACCCUCUUCUCCAGGAGGGACAGCUUCAUCACCCACCGUGCGUUCUGCGACGCGCUGGCGCAGGAGAGUGCACGGGCGCCGCCGAUCGGCGCCGGCAUGUACGGCUCCGGCGGCAUGGCCCUCGGCCUCUCCGGGUUGGCCGCCCCUCAGUUGCAUUCCUUCCAAGACCAAGCCCACUCCUCGGCCACCACCACCAUCAGCGGCAAUCCGGCGGCGCAGUUCGAACACAUCAUGCCGUCCUCGGCCGGCUCCCCAGCGUUCCGCGGCGCGCAACAGGCGUCGUCCACCUCCUCGCCGUUCUACCUCGGCGGCGCCGAGGACGGCCACCAGAGCCAACCGGGACACACCUCGCUGCUCCACGGCAAGCCGGCCUUCCACGGCCUGAUGCAGCUGCCGGAGCAGCACGGCCAGCCGGGGAGCAACGGCCUCCUCAACCUGGGGUUCUUCUCGGGCGCGAGCAGCGGCCAGGACGCGCGCCUCGUUUUCCCGGACCAGUUCAACGCUACCGCGGGAGGGAACGGCCGCGGCGAUGGCGGCGAGCACGGCAACAGCAGCGCCAACACCGAGUCCGCGGCCAUCUUCUCCGGGAACCUAAUGGGCAACCAAAUGGCAGGCGACGGCGGCGGCGGAUUCUCUUCAUCCUUGUACAACUCAACCGAGACCGUGGCGCCGCCGCAGAUGUCGGCGACGGCGCUGUUACAGAAGGCCGCGCAGAUGGGCGCGACGACGAGCGGCGGCGGCGCCGGCGGCAGCGUGAACUCUCUGCUCAGGGGGCUGAGUAGCGGCGGCGCCUUGAACGCGAGACCAGCCGGAGCAGCUGGGUUCAUGGCCGGGGAGAGCUCGUCGUCGAGGAGCACCUCUCAGGCCGAGAACGAGAGCCAGUUCCGGGACCUGAUGAACUCGCUGGCGGCUUCCGGGAGCGGUGGCUUCCCCGGCAUGGACGACGGGAAGCUGAGCACGAGAGACUUCCUUGGCGUCGGCGGCGGCGUCGUGCGGAGCAUGGGCGGCGCGGCGGGGCUUCCGCUGCGUCACGGCGCCGCGGGCAUUGGCAUGGGCUCAUUGGACCCAGAAAUGAAGUAGUAGGAGAUCGAAUGGAAAGCAACCAAGGCAAGGCAUGCAUUGAUCAUUGGAGCCAUGGACAAGCAUCUUCGACUGAUCUUGCAUGCAAGGUAAGCAUAUAGCAGCAGCCUAGCUACUGACUAGGGUUCAUGGAGUUGCAUUGGUUGGUGAAUGGUGAUGAAGAUGAUGAGGCCAUCAACCAUCAUCAUCCUCUGUGCCAUGGUGCUGCAUGGUGAAUAUAAAGGUGAUUUGCAUGAUCCAUGUUGCACUGUGUUGUUUAAUGGUGAUGGGAUAUGUAUUGUAGGGCAGUGUAGCUUCUGGAGAACAUGAAAUUCGACCAAAAAAUACUAGCAGAAAGGCCGGACCAUUUACAUUCGUUAAAUGUCGUUAAAUAUCGGUGUCUAAUUAGUUAAUUUUGGCUCAUGCUACAUAAUAUUGGUCUCAGGUUGAAGCAGUGAAUUUUCUUCUGGCCAGUAAUGUCUGGCCCGGGUAUAUCUCUGGGCAGGGAUUUCGUACUGAUGGUACUAUUUAAUUUUAAUUUGGGUAA